UCUCUCACAGGGAACUCUCUUCCAGGGCUGAGUCUGGGCACCAGGACCCGCGUGCAGGCAGGGACCCUCCCCAAACCCACCCUCUGGGCUGAGCCAGCCCCUGUGAUCACCUGGAGGAGCCCUGGUACCAUCUGGUGUCAGGGGACCCUGGAUGCCAAGGAGUACCGUCUGGAUAAAGAGGGAAGAUCAGAGCCCUGGGACAGACAGACACCACUGGAGCCUGGGAACAAGGCCAAGUUCAACAUCCCACACAUGACAGAGCUCUAUGCAGGGCGAUAUCACUGUUACUAUUACAGCCCUGCUGGGUGGUCAGAGCCCAGUGACGCCCUGGAGCUGGUGGUGACAGGAUUCUAUGCUAGUAAACCCACCCUGUCAGCCCUGCCAAGCCCUGUGGUGACCCCAGGAGGAAACGUGACACUGCAGUGUGUCUCACAGGAGGGAUUUGGCAGGUUCAUUCUGAUCAAGGAAGGACAGAAGCUCUCCUGGACCCGGGACUCACAGCGAACCUCCUCUGGGCAGUUCCAGGCCCUGUUCCCUGUGGGCCCUGCGACCCCCAGCCACAGGUGGACGUUCAGAUGCUAUGGCUGGUACAGGAACAACCCACAGAUAUGGUCAGUUCCCAGUGACCCCGUGGAGGUACUGGUCUCAGGUGUGUCUAGGAAGCCCUCCCUGCUCAGCCUGCAGGGCCCUGUCCUGGCCCCU